AUGGCUUCGUCACAUCCAGUGAAGACUGCUGGAGAGGCCGUUGCGCGUAUCGCGUACCUUGCCAGCGACGUCGUCGUCUCCGUCCAGCCGUCGCUUGCGGCCGACUCCGAGUUCUCGGCUACCCUCAAGAGCCUAGCGCAAGCGAAGACGGCGAGCAUCGUCGCCAACUCAGACGACGGCAUCACCGAGAUCCAAUCCGUCCGUCACAAUGCCGACCCUCUUCUCUCCGUCUUCACACCAAUCCGUGCGGGGCGCCUGGUCUCGGUCACCACAAGCUCUGUUAUCCUGCUGUCCUCGGUCGCCCGCCUCUACAAGCUGGCCAACUACCCCGUUGUCCUGCACGUCGCCCUGCACCCAGACAACUACCCAGACUACUCUGCUAUCACGGCCGUCCGCAAUGCCGGCUGGUCGUUCCUCCAGUCCGGCUCGCUCCAGGAGGCCCAGGACAUGGCCCUGACCGCCCAUGCUCUUGCCGUCCGCUCUGGCAAGGGUGUCAUUCACUUCUUCAACCCUGCUGCCGUCGCCGAGGACAAGCCGAUUGCCGCCGAGGACCACGACGUUGUCCUGGACGCUCUUCAUAUCGAGAGCGUCCGCCGCUUCCAGGCUGCCCCCAUCCCCGGCCAGAGCGUCUACGCCGACGACGGCCGCAUUGCCACCGUGUCUGAAUCCGUCGAAGCUGUCGCCCCUGUGCCCGCUUCCGCUGGUCAGCUCACCAUUCCCCUGGACGCCAGCACGUCCAAGGCCAACUCGUCUCGCGCAUCCGUAAAAUCGAGCGAGCAGAGCACGACGAGCUCGCCCCCCGCCACGUCGCCAGCCACCACGAUAGAGCCCAGCGUUCCUGCCGUGACCUCGGAAGACAUCUACCAGUAUGUGUCGUCUGUCUGGAGCAAACUGGAGGCCGCCACUGGCCGCAAGUACAGCGCUUUCGAGUAUGCUGGCCCUGCCAACGCCGAGAACAUUCUGUUUGUCUUCGGCUCCGACGCUUCUCUGUUCACCAACCGUGACUUUGCCGCCAAGAACAGUACCGGUGUCCUGGUCGCGCGCCUGUACCGGCCUUGGCUGGCCGCCAAGCUGCUGGAGGUCAUUCCCAAGUCGGCCAAGAGAAUCGCCGUCCUCGAGCCGAUCAGCCGCAAGACCACCAAGUGGGGCCCGACCCUGCUGGACGUUCUGACGUCUGUGAAGAGCGGCCCUGUUGGCGUCGAGACCAUUGUCGGCUACCACCUCGGCUACCUGACGCCAGAGACCAUCGACCAGGCCCUGCGCGGCAUCCACCAGAACCUGACUGCGACCAAACCCAUCCAGAACCUUGAGGUUGGCGCUCAGGAGGCUCCUGCCGCCGAGGGCUCGGAUUACAACCUGGAGAAGCCCAAGGUUGAGACCGCUUAUAACAAGAUUCUGAACCAGCUGUUCAACGAUCGCCUCUACGUGGCCAACGCUCUGGAGUCAGACAAUGCCGGUGUGUCCAACACCAUUGCCGCCACCCCCGAGUUCGGCUUCGGCUCGCUGCUUGCCCGCAAGGAGCACCGCCAGCGCUUUGUGGCUGACGUCAAGCGUGCUGCCGUGUCUGGCAAGUUCGGCUCGUCUGCGCCCAACUCCCUCCUGGCCCGUUGGUCGUCUGUGGCCGACGAUGCCAGGAAGGCCGAUGAGGUCGCUGAGGAGAUCGAGACCCAGCUCGCUUCCGACAAGUCCGACGCGGCCCGCAGCCUGCUGGAGGCCAAGCAGUUUUUCCGCAAGGAGUCUCUGUGGCUGGUGGGCUCUGACGCCUGGUCCUACGAUUUGGGUAACUCCGGCGUGCACCAUGUCCUUGCCUCGGGCGAGAACGUCAACGUGCUCAUCAUCGACUCGACGCCCUACUCGGAGCGUGCAGCGGCCGACGCCAACCGCAGAAAGAAGGAUAUCGGCCUGUACGCCAUGAACUUUGGCAACGCCUACGUUGCCUCCGUCGCUGUCUACAGCUCCUACACGCAGGUCCUGCAGGCCAUGGACGAGGCUGACAAGUUCAACGGCCCGUCCAUCGUUAUGGCGUACCUGCCGUACUUUGGCGAGCACGACUCGCCCCUCACCAUCCUGCGCGAGACCAAGACGGCCGUCGACCUCGGCUACUGGCCUCUGUACCGCUGGAACCCCGAGAACGAGGCCAAGGGCGAGCCCAGCUUCUCCCUGGACUCGGAGCGCAUAAAGAAGGAGCUCAAGAGCUUCCUUGACCGGGACAACAAGCUCACUCAGCUCAUGCAGAAAGAGCCCAAGUUUGCCGCCAGUCUUGCCCAGGACUUUGGCACCGAGGUCCGUGAGCAGCAGAAGAGACGCGCGCGCGACGCCUAUAACGUCCUGCUCGAGGGACUGUUCGGCGCUCCUCUGACCAUUCUGUACGCCUCGGACAACGGCAAUGCCACCAACCUCGCCAAGCGUCUUGGCAACCGUGGCCGCGCGAGAGGCCUGAAAACGGCUGUUAUGGCUAUGGAGGACUACCCCGUCGAGGACCUGCCGGCAGAGGAGAACAUUGUCUUCAUUACGUCGACCGCCGGUCAGGGUGAGUUCCCGCAGAACGGUCGUCCCUUCUGGGAUGCCGUCAAGGACAACACCGACCUGGACCUGGCCACUGUCAACUUCUCCGUCAUGGCCCUUGGUGACAGCCACUACUGGCCCCGCAAGGAGGACCGUGUCUACUACAACAAGCCCGGCAAGGACCUCGAUAAACUGCUCGCCAACUUGGGAGGCAAGCGUCUUGCCGACAUUGGUCUCGGUGACGACCAGGAUCCCGAUGGUUUCCAGACCGGCUACCAGGACUGGGAGCCCAAGAUCUGGCAGGCGCUCGGCGUGGACAAGGUCGAGGGUCUUCCGGAGGAGCCUCCACCGUUGACGAACGAGGACAUGAAGAUCCAGUCCAACUACCUGCGUGGUACCAUUGUGGAAGGCCUGAACGACACGUCUACGGGUGCCAUCAGCGCGUCGGACCAGCAGCUCACCAAGUUCCACGGUACCUACAUGCAAGACGACCGCGACAUCCGUGACGAGCGUAAGGCCCAGGGUCUCGAGCCCGCCUACUCGUUUAUGAUUCGGUGCCGUCUGCCGGGUGGUAUCUCGACGCCGAAGCAGUGGAUCCAAAUGGACGACAUUGCCAACGAGCUCGGCAACGAGACCAUGAAGCUGACGACCCGCCAGACCUUCCAGUUCCACGGCGUCGUCAAGAGCAAGCUCAAGCCGGCCAUGCAGGCCAUCAACCGCGCCUUGAUGACGACACUGGCGGCCUGUGGUGACGUGAACCGUAACGUCAUGUGCAGUUCUCUGCCGACGCAGUCGGCCUACCACCGUGAGGUGUUUGCCAGCUCGAAGCUCAUCAGCGACCACCUGCUGCCGUCGACGACCGCCUACCACGAGAUCUGGCUGACGGAUGACGAUGGCAAGAAGACCCAGGUGGCGGGUGACACCGUGCAGGACUUUGAACCUCUGUACGGCCCUACGUAUCUGCCCCGUAAGUUCAAGAUCACCAUUGCCAUCCCGCCGCACAACGACACCGACGUCUACGCUCACGACAUCGGCCUGAUCGCCAUCAAGGGCGCCGACGGUAAGCUAGCUGGUUACAACCUGCUGGCUGGCGGCGGCAUGGGCUCGACGCACAACAACAAGAAGACGUACCCGCAGACCGGUCGUAUGUUUGGUUUCGUCGAGACCAAGGACGUGCACAUUGCGUGCGAGAAAGUCAUGCUUGUGCAGCGCGACUUUGGAGACCGCAAGAACCGCAAGCACGCCCGUCUCAAGUACACCAUUGACGACAUGGGCGUCGAGACCUUCAAGGGCAAGGUCGAGGAGCUGUGGGGCAAGAAGUUCGGCGCCCCCAAGCCGUUCCACUUCGACUCCAACAUUGACACGUUCGGCUGGCUGCGUGACGAGAAGGGCCUCAACCACUUCACGUUCUUCAUUGAGAACGGCCGUAUUGAGGACACCCCGACGUUCCAGAUGAAGACGGGUCUGCGCGAGAUUGCCAAGGUCCACAAGGGCGAGUUCCGCCUGACGGGCAACCAGCACCUGAUCCUGAGCAACGUCGCCGACGAGGACGUGGACUCGCUCAAGGCGCUCAUGAAGAAGUACAAGCUCGACAACGUGCAGUUCUCGGGCCUGCGCCUGAGCUCGUCGGCCUGUGUCGCCUUCCCCACGUGCGGUCUGGCCAUGGCCGAGUCCGAGCGCUACCUGCCCGUCCUCAUCUCGAAGCUGGAGGACUGCCUCGAGGAGAACGGCCUGCGCCAGGACUCGAUUGUCAUGCGCAUGACCGGCUGCCCCAAUGGCUGCGCCCGUCCGUGGCUGGCGGAGGUGGCCUUUGUGGGCAAGGCCUAUGGCGCGUACAACAUGUACCUGGGCGGCGGCUACCACGGCCAGCGUCUCAACAAGCUGUACCGCCAGAGCAUUAAGGAGGACGAGAUCCUGGCCAUUAUGAAGCCCCUGCUGAAGCGGUACGCCCUGGAGCGCGACGACGGCGAGCACUUUGGCGACUUUGUCAUUCGCGUCGGCAUUAUCACCGCCACGCGGGACGGCAAGGACUUCCACGACGAUAUCCCUGAGGACGAGUCCGACGAAGAGUAA